AUGCCUUCUCCUGGGACGCCCAAUGCGGCGUCGCAGCCGAUCCAUCUCCACUCUCGAUGUGUCAUCAACAAGCUGGGCCGUGGCGAGGUCCUCUUCGUCGGCCAGACGUCGUUCGCGCCCGGGGUGUGGGUAGGUGUCCACCUCGACGAGGCCAACGGCAAGAACAAUGGCUCCGUACAGGGCAAACGCUACUUUGAGUGCGACGAGGGCUAUGGAGUCUUUGUGCGACCCACCCAAGUCCACGCCCUCACCGCCGAGGACGAGAUGGAGGAUGUGCACGACGACUAUCUGGACGACGAGGCCGAACUGCUGGCGGCCGAACGCUCCCGGGCGGCCGCUGCCUCCCAGCGAGCGCCAGUUGCGAGGACCGCGAGCCCGCGCAAGAGCGCGGCAACUCCGGUGUCUCUCCACGCCUUCGACCCGGCCUGGAACGGCGUCUGCGGCCUCGAGCCGCUCGGCCCUGAACAGCUCCGGCGUCAGCCGCACCGCCUCGCCCAACACACCAGUGACUUCGCGCGUCUCUCGGACCAGCACAGCCUCCGCGACGGGCAGGGUCUCGGCCGGUCCGAGCCGGCUAGGCCAGAGAGCCAGCCUCGCACCAUCGACGGCCCCCCUGAAAGCUCAGACGCAAACUCCGACGGCGACGAGGUCGGCUGUGAGGCCAACGGCAGCGGCGCAGGCUUCCGCCACGCCGCUAUCGCGCGCCUCCGCCGCGUCCAUGGCGGCGGCGCAGGGCUUCCGCCACGCCGCUACCGCGCGCCUCCGGCCGCGUCCAUGGCGGGGUUCGAGCCCAUCGGGCGGCUGCCGCUGCUCGGGGCCAGCUUGGUGCGAACGCAGUCGGGUCCCGGCAGAGCGUCGACGCUGUCUGCGCCUCUCUCGCGGGCCACGAGCUCCAACAGCGUCGCCCGCUCUGAAGGCGGCAUGGCCGCCCGGCCACCGCAACGCUCGGCGAGGUCCUCGACUGCAACAGAUGCAAGCCAGCAGGACGGUCGCCUCCGAAGACCUAGCGACGAACGCGACCUGGACGACGAGGGGCUCGACCUUUCCGAUGACGGCGGCGAGCAGCUCAUCAGCAUGAGCCUAGACGGCAGCGAGCUCGGAGAAGCAGAAGACAACGUCGACCUCCCCGACUUCGAGGAUCCAGACACGACGCUGCCCGCGGAGCCCUCGUCCAAUCGGCUUCAGCAAGUCGCGGGCGGCGGGCUGCAGACGUCGGCAUCGAUGCGGAGCAUGGCCGGCGGCAAGAAGGACUACAUGAGCCUCGCCUCAGUGGCCAGCCCGGCGGGGCCCCGUAGCAACGCUGACGUCGCCGCGCUGCAGAGAGAACUCGAGGAGCUCCGGACCAAGGUCAGGAUCCUCGAGAAGCGCAAGGAAGACGACCGCGAAAAGAUGCGAGAGAUGGAGCGCAUCAAGGACGAGGCCGACCAGUUCCUCCUGCUCAAGGCCAAGCUGACGGCCAAGCUCGAGCAGACUCAAUCGCAGCUGGCCGACCUGCAGAGCCAGGAGAAAGACUGGGAGACGCAGCGCGAGUCCUUGAUGCAGCGGUACGAGGACCUCUCGAUCGAGGUCGAGGCCGCCACCAUCGACCGCGAGAUGGCCGAAGAGGAGCGCGAAAAGUUCAAGGGCCAGCUCGAGGAUCUGCAGGUGCAGAUGAACGUGCUGCAAGCCUCGGUGACCAAGUACGAGACCACCGAGGUCACCGAAGAGGAGCUCGGCUCCGCCGCGUUCAUCAGGAUGCAGGAGCACAACGAGGCCCUGAAGCAGACGCUGGCGAGAGUGCACCGACAGGCGAGGGAGACGGAGAACGAGCAACGCAAGGAGAUCGCUGAGCUCAAGGACGAAGUCGCCGAGUUUGAGGCCUUGAUCUCGACCUACGACAAGGCCCUGUCCGACGUGGCGCUCAAGGAAGCCCAGAUCGAGGACCUGCGAUCGAGGCUCGACGACGCGGCCCACGCCGAGGAGAUGCUCUUCGGUCUCCAGGAGACCAACGCGAGCCUGUCCGACAAGAUCGCAGGCCUCCAGGCCGAGAUCGAGGACCUCCUGACGACAAAGGAGCUCGACGACGAGCUGGAAGAGGGCCGCUCGCAAGAAAUCAGGGAUCUGCAGCAGGAACUCGACGUGCGCGGCGCCCAGCUCUACGACCAGGAAUCCAGGGUCCAGGCCCUCGAGCUGGUGGUGGUCGACCUCGAGGACACGAUCAAGCAAUUCAGGGAGGUCGUGGCCGGCCAGUCGAGCGAGCUCGAGAGCGUGCGUGCCGAGCUCGAGCAGAGCCGAGGCCCGGACGAGGAGGGAGGCCGGAAUGCGCCGAGCCAGAGCCAGGCGAUGCUCAACCUCAACAUGAAGCUGCGGUCCUCGGCGCUCAAGUCGCAGGCCAAGACCAUCGAGCUCGAGCUGGGCAGGAUCUCGGCGUCGCAGGCGCUGACCCAUCUCGAGAUGCUCCGGCCCUACCUGCCCGCCGCAUUCUUCGAGGAGGACGCGGACGCGGUCCACUGCCUGCUCUUCUUCCAGAGGAUGGCGCGCAAGGCCGACCUCAUCAAGACAAUCGUCGAGAUGAAGCACGACAUCCAGGAGAGCAUCGCCAGCGUCGUGCCGGAGCAGCUGGUGGGCAUCUGCCAGAUGCGGCACAACCUGGCCCAUUUUGCCGCCUCGUCGCGCCAGAUCGCAGCAGUGCUGCGACUCGCGCCCGUCGAGAUCUUCCUAAAGGCCGGGCGCAUGUACCGCGAGAACAUGUCGGUCGAGAGGAGGGUCGACAUGUACAUCGAGAGCCUGCGACGAGAAGAGCUCAAGGAGAUCGAGUGCGGGCAGGAAUUCUCGAGAUUCAUCAAGCAGUUCGAGGACUUUUCCAUGGCCCUCGGCGGCGACGAGAACGACUCGGACCUGGCGGCCAAGGAGGUCGGCUCGGCGACGCUCAUCGACCACGACCUCGACACCCUGAUCGCCGCCAUCGGCUUCGCCAAACAGAGUAUUGCCGGGCUGUACGACGAGGACGAGGCCGAGUGGGAGCUCGGCUCUCACGAUCUCGACCGGGACAUCUUUGAGCCCCUCCAGUCCCUCAUCGACAACCUCAAGGCCACACAGGGCGCGACGAGGAAGGUGCUCAGGCGCCUCGUCAACCUCUCGGCCAACGACGAGGCGGUGCGGAUGGAAGCCAUCAUGGACCUGCCUCCGCUUGGCCGCCUCACGAGCCAGCUGGUCACGUUCGCGACGCAGCUCUCCAACAACAUCGCGGCGCACGUCGCCGAGGUCAGGGUGUCGAAGUCGGCCUUUGACGUGUCCCGCGCCAUCGGCUUUGUCCAGGAGGCAACGCAGGAGAGCCUCGGCAAGGCGGAUAGCAGACCUUGGGCGGCCCCGCUCGAGAGCAUCGCCCACCUCUCGACGACCAUCGGAUCGGUCCUCGGUGCCAUCACCGAGCAGGAUAAUGUCAUCAAGAUCUCGGGCGCGCAGCCCUGGCUGGCCCGAGUCGAGCACAUCAAGGCUGCGGCAGCGCACAACGCCGAGGCCGAGCGCCAGAUCGCCAAGCUCAACGACGAGGCGCGCGACCUGUACCGCCAGAUCAAGGCGCGCGACCAGGCGAUGCAGGAGUCCGGCAUCAAGCUCGAACGGCUGCAGAAGCAGGUCGAGAAGUCCAAGGAGCAGUCCGACCAGAUGAACGACAUGCGCGGCGGCCUCGUCGAGGCUCUCAAGCAGUCCAAGGCGUACCAAGAGGCCAACGACGCCCUCCAAGCGGAGCUCGACGCCCUGCAGCAGGAGAACGACCGCCUCAAGCAGCAGGCCGCCGAGAGCGGGGUCAAGAUCGGCACCGCAAACGGAAGCGCGGAAGGCGGCCCCGGGGGCGAUAAGGAAGGCAUGGACUUGGCGCCCAUCGUCAGUUUCAACCUCGAGACCCGACAGCUCGUCGAGCGCAUCGAGGCGCUCCGAGGCGCCGUCAAGUAUCUGCGCAACGAGAACAUGUACCUCAAGACGGCCAACCUCACGCAGCAGAUGCAGGCCCUGCCGUCCCUGGUCGGAACGGGACCUUCCAAGACCGCGAGCGACGCCGGCAUCGAGCCGCAAUCGACGUCGUCUCCGGCGCAGACCUCGGACGAAGAGGAGACCAAGGUCGGCGGCAAGGUUGUCGGGCUUCCAGCUACCGAGAAGCUGUCCUCGCGACCCAAGGGCAAGGUCGUCGGCGGCCUCGACCUGCGCCUCGCCUCGGACGAGACGCGCAAGCUCCACUCCCAGCUCCUGUCGAUCUGCGCGCUGCCGAAGCUGGUCGACCUCUCCAAUGUCAACCGCGUCGUUGCCACGGCGGUCAAGCCGGUUCAGAAUGCCCCGAACGGAGCAGCGACGGCGGCGUCCAGCGCCUCUGGAAAGGAACAGCAGCGCUCCGUGCGCGCGUGGCGGCCGCUGGACCAGCACCCCUCGAUGCAGCUCUGGAAGCAGCAGGAGGCGAAGCGCAAGGUGGCCGACAGGAUCCGGGAUCUCGAGGCCAGCACGCGAAAGGCCGCCGCCUCGGCUGCAUCGAGACGGGGCCUGGGCCUACCCAUUAUCGCCAGCAUCGUCAAGGUGUAG